GCUCCGCGACUUUUUCGAGGUUAGACACACGCGUGCUCUUGACGGGCGCUCCGAUCUCUUCCUGCCCGCUUCACGGGAUUCAUGAUGAGAUUCAAGUGAUUCAACGCGAAAAUAACUUUCGGGAUUGAACGGGAUUAACAUGCUAUGUGAUAUAAAUGUCCAUUUCUACCAAUGAAGAUUAAUUUUAAUCUCGAUUUAAUUUACUUUUUACUCUUUCUCUAAGAGUUAGAAGAAGAUAGAGAGUUGAUUAAAGUUGAUCUACAAUGAUAGAAAUGAACAACACUGUUGCAAGCGUUGUUUUGAUGAAUCAACCUGAUUACAGAUAUUGCUGAUACAUCUUGAUUGAGAUGGCAAACCUAUGUUGCGGCAAGGCGACACUGGUGAUUGGAUUGGUACAUUUGAAGGACAUAAAGGAGCCGUGUGGGGUGUAGCAUUAAAUCCACACGCUACUCGAGCUGCAACUGGCGCAGCAGAUUUUAAUGCCAAAGUCUGGGACGCGAUUAAGGGAGAAGAAGUUCAUUCUUUUCAACACAAUCACAUAGUCAAAUCUGUCAAUUUUAGUACAGAUUCUAAUAAUUUGUGUACUGGUUCUAAUGAAAAGCUCGUACGCAUUUAUGAUCUUAAUAAACCAGAAGCAGCCCCACAGAUCUUCUCAGGUCAUACAAGUGGUAUUAGGCACGUCACUUUCUUCGACAAUAACUCUGCCUUAAUUACCUGCGCAGACGAUAAGACGCUGAGGGUAUGGGACAGAAAUAGCGGACAAGAAGUUAAAAGACUGGACUUCCCCGCGAUUCCUAGUUCCAUGGAAGUGUCGAAAGAUGGAAAAAUCAUUACGACUACUCACUCUAACCUUGUUACCUUUUGGGAUAGCAAAGAAUUAACCAAAAUAAAAGAAUUUAUGGUCCCGACUCAAGUUAACAGUGCCAGUCUGCAUCCGGAUUGUACUAUUUUUGUUUGUGGUGGGGAGGACUUUAAAAUGUACAAAUUUGACUACAAUACAGGGGCGGAAUUAGAAUCAUUCAAGGGACACUUUGGGCCUGUACACUGCGUACGCUUUUCACCGGACGGUGAAUUGUACGCUAGCGGAUCCGAGGAUGGUACCUUGAGACUGUGGCAGACUGUAGUCGGCAAAAACUACGGAUUAUGGCGCUGCACAGAGCAGACGCCCACAAUACAAGAAAAUGCAACCGUGAUUAAUAAUAAACAAGAAGUUCCUGCCAGUUAAACUCGGGGCGAGACAAAAAAUCUCAAUAGUUUUCCGAAAAUCUAAAAGCAGACAUUUUGGACCAAACUGGAGCGAAUGGAUGAAAAUAAAACGCGUUGAAUAUUUGUUA